CUCUGUCAAUAAUGUUUAUCAGGUAAUGGAGAAUGGACCUCCAACAAUUGAAUUUGAAGAUGGGACAGUUGAUGUUGAACGUCUGCUUGUAGAACCCCAAGAUGGGAAUGUCUCAGUGGAUGGUGUCAUGUGUUUUAAUGAGAAGACCUCAGAGAAAGCUAUUGACAUCCUAGAGGUUUCCUGCAGUUUUGGUGUGACAAGUGCUGGUACUACUCAUGAAGGGGGAGAUAUUCUCAAUAGAGAUGUACUUAAUUCAUUACACACUGCGGAUGACGGUGGCUAUUUUAUAUUGCAAAAUGAUUUCUGUAGCAUGGGAGAAGAGUAUCUUCUAGAAAACUGCUGUAUUGGGUAUGCAGGUGUUGAAUUCGCUGAAAGAAUUACAGAUCUGGAAUAUGUUUCAAGCGAAUGCUUGCAGACCUCUGUUUCAUGCAGUCCAGUUCUUACAUGUGCUGGUAUUGACUCUCCGUGGAAAUCAGAUCUAUUCAAAACAAUGGAAGUGCCAGAAUGCCAAAAUGAUGUAGUUGAUAUCAAGAGUUAUGAGUUUAGUGAAAUUCCUAGUCCUCAACAUGAGUCUGAAAAAUUGGCUGAGAAGAAACCUCUGAAAUCACCACAAGAGAAUAUUGGCAAGGUCCAUGACUUUUCAAGACACUCUUUUAAUGGUUUACCAUCUGAUGAGAAUGCUACAAGCCUUUCCCAACCAGUGGAGAUGUUUUCCUGUGCAAAGGAUGAGAAAAAUGAUGAAUAUGGGCAGACAUGCCAAAGUGGUGAGUUUAACAGAGUUCAGGGGAAGGAUGAAUUGGUAACCUUGUUUUCUGCAGAAAGCCCAACUGAUGCACUUCCUGCGCUAAAGAGAUCUCGUAAGCCCACGAAAAGGUACAUCGACGAAGUAGUAGAUCCUAUUUCACGUCAUUCAAAGAGAAGGCGGGAGGUUUCAUCUUCAAUCUUUAGGGAUAAGUCUGUAGAAGUCAAAAAUCACAAAAAAUGUCACGUGGGCUCUAAAGCCAUCAAAUUACCAGCUGAAGAAUCUGAUGUGAAAGCUAUUCAAGUCCCCUUUGGCUUGCUAGCGCGUAAAGAAUGUCCAGAGAGUCCUGCAUAUAAUUUGGUGCACAGUUCAGAUACAAGAAUUUUGAUGAAUAACCCAAAAGAUAACGGUGUUGCUUCAGAGAAUCAAAAGAAAAGGGAUGAAUGUACUCCAGUUGUUCAUCAAAUGAAAAGGAGUGAUGGUACCCCUGCAGAGAGUCAGAAGAAGGAUGACAAAGUUAGUGGAGCCCACUUAAUGAAAAAGGAUCAAUACAUCACAAAUAUUCAUUUCACAAAGAGGAAUGAGAGUGUCAUGGCAGCAAGUCACAAGAAAAAGGAGAAAGGUGUAAAUGGAGUCCCUUUAAUGAAAAGUGAUGACCAUCUCACAGCACCAAGUCAGAAAAUAAAGGAACGAACCAUGUUUGCUGGGAGCCCGAAAAUGAAAGAUGAGUGUGCAACAGCAAUAUAUCAAAAGAAAAGAGACGAGGUUAGUGGCCGGAGGAAGCACCAUAGGCUUUGGACUACUGCGGAGGUUAAAAAAUUAGUUGAUGGUGUCGCUGAGUACGGUGUUGGAAGAUGGAGUAGAAUAAAAAAGAUCCACUUUCCUGCGUCUGCCCAUCGUACCUCUGUAGAUCUCAAGGACAAAUGGCGAAAUCUUUUGAAAGCAAGCGGUUUGCAGGGACGACAAAAUGAACAGUUGAUUCAGGGAGAGAAGAAGCGCAACGUGGCGUGGCGGCCUCUGCCAAAGUCCAUCUUGCGGCGUGUUUGUGAACUGGCGGCAAUGCACCCAUAUCCCAAGGGCGGGAAACGGAAGACGACGCUUUUUCGCCAUGUUUCUCCAGAUAAAAAUACCGAUAUUACAUUGAGUGACUAUAGAAGGAUCUUACGAAGUAUUAGCGGUAGUUGAUCUUUCUGUUCUGUUUGUAUCAUCAACAGAGAGGUUAGGUCAUUUCCUGAAUUGACUGUUUCGUCAGACACAUCUAGCGGAUCGAUAAGCAUCCGACGUUUGUGGAAUAACAAUCAAACACCUGAUUUAUUGU